AUGUAAAAUGGUUUGCAUUUAUUUCUCCUUGCAAUGCAAGAGAUUGCAUUGGGAACACAGUGUGAAAAUACUCAGUAAAUUAAGUGUUCACUGUGUGCUUUGCAAACAAGCCAGUCUAGUAAUGACCAUGGCAUUAGCAGACUGCUUCUAGCUGGGCUUCUUCAGAACAAGAACGAGAUUAUUUACCACAUAUAGACUAUGAAUCCUGAUGAGUCCAAAAGCAAGCUACUGCUAGGUAAUUGAUUUAUGAUUGCUGUCAAAAUGAGUGAAACACCUUCAACCAACUACUCGAUGACUCAGCCUCACACUUCAGAGAGUGAACAGUCUUUGUCCCCACGCCCCAUCAAUGUCACUGACCCGGUUGUGGCCAAACGGAUCUGCUUUUAUAAAAGUGGAGACCCCCAAUUCAAUGGUGUCAAGAUGGUUGUUAAUAACAGAUCUUUCAAAUCCUUUGAUGCCUUGCUUGACAACUUGUCCAAAAGAGUCCCAUUACCUUUUGGAGUAAGAACUAUCACUACACCACGAGGGAUACAUGGUAUCACUAACCUGGAAGACCUUGAAGAUGGGAAAUCAUACAUUUGUUCCCAGCAGAAGAAAAUUAAGCCCAUUAACUUGGAGAAGGCCAGUAAGAAACCACUGCCGUGGCAGAUCAGCAGACCUGUCAGCGCUCGCCGCAAAGCCAUACAGUUAGCUAGAGAGGGAGAAGAUGGUGUGUUCCAGAGAGGUGGCAACAUCCGCAUCAGUACCCCUAAGAAGUUGCUGGUUUUCAAAAAUGGGGAUGUAAGAGUUUGCCGCACCAUUGUUUUGGGUAAAAAGAACACACAAAACUUUGAGGCAUUUCUGGACAACAUUAGUGAGUUAAUGCAGUAUCCAGUUGUGAAGUUAUAUACCACUGAUGGCAGAAAGGUCCCCAACCUUCAAGCUCUCAUACUGUGUUCUGGAGCUAUUGUGGCAGCAGGCAGAGAACCUUUUAGACCAGGGAAUUACGAUCCUCAUAGGUAUUCGUUGCCCAGCAGACUACCAGGGAUAUCCAAUCGUGUAUAUCCCAAAACUAAUGCCAAGUCAGAGGGCAGAAAAACUGUUAAAUGGAAAGUAACAGUUUUUACCAGUGACCAACCAUCUGCAGGUACCAGCUCACAGGUAUAUAUUAAAUUGUAUGGAGAUCAAAAUAAUUCAGGAGCUAUUUUUCUGUAUGGAGAGGAUAAAAAGAUGUUUGGAAAAGGCGACAAAGAUACCUUCAUUAUUCAUACAGAAGAUGUAGGCGAUCUCUACAAAGUACGGAUAGGACACAAUAACUCUGGAGAAAGCCCUGCCUGGCAUUGCAAAGAGUUACUGCUGCAGAAUCUCAUAACAGAGGAAUGGUUUGAUUUACCUGUCCAAAGAUGGCUGGCACAAGACCAGGAUGAUGGAGAAAUCUGUCGGGAGCUUCCUGUUCUACGACAGGGUCAGCCCAUUCUUCCAGUGGCCAUGUAUGAGAUACAGGUGGUAACAGGAGACUUAUGGAAUGCUGGAACAGAAGCUGAUAUCUACAUUUCUAUCUAUGGAGAAAAGGGAGACACAGGAUCCCGACCGCUGCAUAGGUCGAAAAAAACGAAUAAAUUUUUGAAAGGACAAGCUGAUAUCUUCUCACUUGAAGCUUUGCAUCUUGGAAAGUUACAGAAGAUUAUUAUAGGACACAAUGGACUUGGCUCAGGAAAUGGUUGGUUUCUGGAGAAAAUUGCAGUCAAGGAUCCCAUCACAAACUCAGAUUAUACCUUUUUGUGCCACAGGUGGCUGGAUCAAGGAGAAGAUGAUGGUAACAUUUUCAGAGAACUACAUGUCAUUGAUAACAGCACCUUUGCUGGGAGGCAAGAACUAGAAAUUAAAAGUAAAGAAAUGUGGGAAGCAGAAAAGUGGAAAUAUCAGAAAGGGAAUACACUUCAGUUUUACAAUAAGGUCACUCAUGGCUUUAUACGCCUCCAUCCAGAUGGAACGGUAGAUGCUCUUGGAGACAAGAAGGACAAAUAUGGUCUUUUUGAUUUGACUCUGAAGAAGGGAAAUAUAGGUGUAUUUAAAUGUCAUCCGAUGCCUCAUCUAGCCCUUGCUCUUGUUCAAAGCUCCGUUACUGGAAUGGACAAUGGAGACAUCUGCUGUGAGUUGCAAGUGCAUCUUCAGCCAAAUCGCUGUGCAAUUCUAGAAUCUGUCCAGAAUCCAGGGCAAAUUGUUACAUUCAAUCUACAGGGCACGGUAGCUGAUGAUACCACAGGCUAUGCAGGCCUGACAAAAGAAUUUGUUGUUCAUGUCAAGGGGGUGUUCCACAACAGUGCCAUAAUUUUGCUCACUACCAGUCACUGCCAGUCUCUUUGCCUGAGGCCUGAUGGGAGCUGCAGUGGAGCAGGGAAUCAAUCUGAUGACUCUUACUGGAGAGUGCAUAAAAUCAGCUCUGGAGUCUGCAUGUUUGAAAGUGUAAAAAAUCCACACAUGUAUUUGAGGAUCAAGGAUGGCCAGUGUAACGGAAAAGGCACAGGAGAUUUAGACUGUCAUUUUAAAGUGGAGAAGAAUUUAGAAAGUGGGGCAAUAAGCCUAGAAUCUUCACGAAACAGAGGAAUAUAUGUUGGUCUUCUGCCAGACGGCCAGACCAGACCUGUUGUUUAUACUGGAGAAAGCAACAUUUUGUUUUAUCCACGAGUUCUCAAAUUUGGCAGAGAAAAGCCAAUGGGAACAUCUGCAACUGCUGCCCAACAGAAAGAAGGGAUCAGAGAAUCCAAACAGCCCCGAUCAGGAAUACAGAAUCUAGUGAACCAUGGCCCAUCUGAUUCUUCUCUCUCAAAGUAAAUGAGAAAUAUCCAAGAGAGUAAGUCUCCUUUCCUUUCAGAUGAUAAAUGGAAAGUGUCAUUGCUGACGGGAAACUCAGGAACCCAAGCAAAUGUCACUCUAUGGAUAUAUGGAGAUGAAGGAAUUGCUGGACCAAUAACUCUUGGCAAAGAAAACAGAGAACAGCUGUUUCUGCCUGGGAUGGAGAAUGAAUUUCAGGUUGAAAUGAAACAUACUGGAAACAUAUACAAAAUUCGAAUAGGCCAUGAUGGGACAAGGAAACAUCCAGAAUGGAUCAUAGCAAAGGUGACACUACACCACAUAAAGAGUGGGAAAAUUCUGAAGUUUUCAGCAAAUAAGUGGUUGUCAUGGAGUCAAGGGAAUGGAGAUACUCUGUGUGAACUUCCAGUGGAGGAUAAAGGAAAAUUUAUUUAUCCAAUUCUGAGUUACCAGAUUUAUAUGUACACGGGACAAGUAGAAAAUGCAGGAACUGAUUCUGCAGUUUACUUGUGCAUCUAUGGAGAGAGAGGAGAUUCUGGACUAAGGCUUCUUCAUGAGUCUGAUAAGCCCAUAAAGUUUCAGAGAGGGACGGUGGAUAUGUUUGAAAUCCAAGCUGUGUCUCUUGGAAAUCUAAAGAAGGUUCUGUUGCGCUGUGAGGCCAAUGACAAGUCACAGAAUUGGUUCUGUGAGAAAAUAAUCAUCAGAGAAGCUGGGAAAGAUUUGGAAUAUAUUUUCAACUGUGAGAGGUGGCUGCCCUUUAUGUCCCAAGGCAUAAUUCAUUCAGAAACAGAACUCUUUCCUCAAGAAAUGCAAAUAAGUCAUCACCUGAAAAUAAAAGAGGAAGAAGAUGGAGAAGAUUGGAAAAUCACUAUUGUCACUGGAGAUUUCAAAACAGCUGGCACAACAGCAACUGUGUCCCUUUAUGUUUACGGAGAAAACAAGGCUUCAGGUCCUCUUAUUCUGGGAUGUGGAGAACACCAGCUGUUUAAUCCCAGUAGUGCAGAUACAUUCAAGAUAAAUCUAAAAGAUGUUGGAGAAUUAUAUAAAAUACGGAUUGGCCAUGACAACAGUGGAUCAGAUCCUAGUUGGUAUCUAGAGGAGAUUAGACUUCAAAAAGUGAAUUCACAAACAGAACAAGAAAUACGUUUGCCUCUAGGCUGCUGGCUAGCUGAAGAUCAAGAUGAUGGAGACAUGUGGAGAGAAAUUGCAAUUAGGAGACCUGAGAAAUCACUUCUAGCAUUGGUGGUCUACGAGAUCCAUGUAUACACAGGGUCAAAGCUUGAUGCAGAAACAAAUGCUAAUGUGUACAUUACUCUUAUCGGAAACAGAGGGGAUUCUGGAAAACGAAAACUUCAUAGAUCAAAGAACAAUAAAAUCAAGUUUCAAAGAAAUCAGAGUGACGUGUUCUGUAUAAAGGCUGUUUCACUUGGAAACCUGAAUAAAAUUCUCAUUAGCCAUGAUGGAACUGGUCCAGGUGCUGGAUGGUUCCUUGACAAGGUCAUCAUCAAGUUUCAAGAAGGAGGGGAAGAAGCAGUAGUCCUGUUUCCUUGUGAUAGAUGGCUAGAUGAGUACCAUGAUGAUGGGAAGACGGAGAGAGAACUAAUUGCCAGAAGUAAGUACUGAAAAUAAAA